AUUUCCUCUUCCUUUUUAUUUCGUGCAAUGGCGGCAGGGACUUUGUAUACUUAUCCGGACAACUUCAGAGCCUUUAAGGCUUUAAUUGCUGCCCAGUACAGCGGAGCAGACGUGAAAGUUUCGUCCGACUUCAAAUUUGGGGAAACCAACAAGUCUAAAAGCUUUCUGCAAAAAUUUCCAACUGGAAAGGUUCCGGAGAAUGCUUGUUUGAAAGUAAUGCCAUUGCACAAUAUGUGUCGAAUGCACAGCUGAUGGGUGCAAAUUCCACUGAUGCAGCAUAUGUGCAGCAGUGGAUUAAUUUUGGAGAAAAUGAAAUUUUGCCAGCAUCAUGCACCUGGGUAUAUCCGUGUUUGGGAGUUCUGCAGUUUAACAAACAGGAAACAGAAAAAGCAAAAGAACAGGUGAAAAAAGCCCUUGGAAUCCUGAAUGGACAUUUGUCAACACGCACUUUCUUAGUUGGAGAGAGGAUUUCGCAAGCUGACAUCAAUGUUGUGUGCAAUUUGCUUCUACUCUAUAAGCAUGUGUUGGAUCCCUCAUUCCGUGCCUCAUUUAUUCACGCCAAUAGAUGGUUUACAACUCUAAUUAACCAGCCUCAGUUUUCAGCUGUCAUUGGAGCUUUCCAGAUGUGUAGCAAAAUGGCUGAAUUUGAUUCAAAGAAAUAUGCUGAAUUACAUGGUCAGCAGCAGGGAAGCGGUGGCAAAAAAGAGAAGAAGGAAAAACAACCUGUUAAACAGGACAAACCAGCAACUAAGAAGAAAGAACCAGAGCCAGAAGAGGAAGAGGAAGACCCCAAACCAAAGGAAUCCAAGGAUCCAUUUGCUGCUCUUCCUAAAGGAACAUUUAUAAUGGAUGAAUUCAAAAGGGAAUACUCUAACAAAGACACCCUGACGGAAGCCUUGCCAUACUUUUGGAAGAACUUUGACAAAGAAAAUUAUUCUAUCUGGUUUUCUGAUUACAAAUAUAAUGAAAAACUAAACCAAAUCUUUAUGACAGCAAAUCUUGUUGGUGGAAUGUUCCAGAGAUUGGAAAAACUGAGGAAAAAUGCAUUUGCAAGUGUGUGUGUUUUCGGUGAAGAUAAAAAAAAUUCUAUAUCUGGAGUAUGGGUUUGGAAAGGACACAACCUUGCAUUUGAGCUCUCACCAGACUGGCAAAUAGACUACGAGAGUUACAAUUGGACCAAAUUGGAUCCUGAUGCAGAAAAAACCAAGACAUUGGUUAAGGAAUAUUUUGCCUGGGAAGGCAAAUUCGACGGAAAGAAAUUCAACCAAGGAAAAAUUUUCAAAUAGAACUCUAGAAAAGGAACAAUGCUGUGUUUUUGCAAAAAAGUGAAAACUGUUAAUAAACAUCCUCACAACAGUA